AUGGAUACUUUAAACAUAAGUUGUAGUCAAUUACAUACAAUCAAUUCUACAAAUUCAUCAUUUAAAAUGAUUUUAUUUAUCAAUAUAAAAUUUUUUGCAAUUAUUGUUCAAUUAAUUGGGAUACCAUUAAACUUAUUUGUAUUACAUGGAUUACUCAAUGUGAAGUUAGGAUCACGUUUAACAACACUACUAUUAUGUAAUCAAUGUGUAUUUGAUUGUCUUAUUUGUACAUUUGCUUUAUUAAAAAUAUUAAAAUCUGAACGUUGGUAUACAGGUUAUAUAAUUAUUGAUAGUGUACUAUGUUACGUGUGGUUUAGUCACACAUUAUUUUGGCUGGUUGUAUUACUAAGUUUAAGUAAUAUGAUGUGUACAGCUUUAGAUCGUUUAGGAGCUGUUGUUUGUAGUCGUACAUAUCAAUUACGUCAAAAUAUUUACAUAAUAUUAUCAUAUACAAGUAUUUCAAUUUACUCAUUAACAUUAAUCGCUACCAAUCCAUUAUUAUUACAAUAUCGUGAUCAAAAAUGUUAUGAUACUAUAUUAUAUGAUAAAAACUGGAUAUAUAUAUUAAUGAAAGUGGAUUCUAUAUUGUGGCCAUGUCUUACUUAUUUAUUUCCAUGUGUUUUAACUGUCAGUGUGUAUGGAAAAGUUAUAGGAGUGUUGAAAAGUACAACAUUUCGCCAUCAAUAUAAUUAUAAUAAUAAUAAUAGUUUUAGUACUGCUAUCCGUACUAAUAGUAGUACCAACAACAGUUGGACACGUAAAAUAUCAAGUCAUAAAUUAACUGUAUCCUGUGCUAAACAAAAAAGAUAUCGUAAAAUUGCUCAGUCUUUAACAAUAGCUACAUGUAUUAUGCAAACAAUAUUUUUAAUAACGCAUUCAUAUGACAGAAUUCACUACUUUCUUGGUAUACAUCGAUGGAUACUUUAUCAAAUUGAUUGUACAACUCAUUUAAUUGGUUUAUGGCUUGUAACACUGAAUAGUUGCAUUAAUCCAAGUACGCUUAUAUUUAUUGUACGCCCAUUACAAAUCUAUCUUAUUCAAACUAUUAAUCAGUGUUUUUGUAAAUAUUCAAAACGAUCCAAUAUGCAAACAUCAACAAAUUAUUUAAGUGAACAACAAUCUGAAACGUGUUUAAGCAGAACAGAAUUCGGAAAUAGGUCAAAUGGAAUUGAAUCAUAA